AUGUCCCACCCUGGGCUCUUAGGGGCCGAGUGCCACGAACUCCCUCCGCAUUCCUCCCACUCCGACAAACCCAUCCUCGAGGAAGAAAAGUCCAACAAACCAAUUCAAUUGACCUUUCGCCAACGACUCCGUCAUUUCACAUGGGCAUGGUACACAUUAACCAUGAGCACCGGUGGCUUAGCACUUCUGCUAGCUAGCCAACCCAACCGGUUCAAAGGUCUUGAUGAGAUCGGCCUAGCAGUCUAUAUAAUCAACCUGAUCAUGUUCGCCUUUGUCUGCUCAUUAAUGGCAGCACGAUUUAUUAUCCACGGCGGACUAGUCCAAUCCCUCACCCACGACAGAGAGGGACUCUUUUUCCCCACAUUCUGGCUCUCCGUUGCAACAAUAAUCACUGGCCUGGAGCGAUACUUUGGAGAUGAUCCCGAACAAGCCUUCUCCACCACCCUCGAGGUUCUGUUCUGGGUGUACUGUGUUUGCACCUUUGCCGUGGCGAUCUUUCAAUACUCCUACCUCUUCACCUCCGUCACAUAUCGUCUGCAAACCAUGAUGCCGUCGUGGAUCCUGCCAGCCUUCCCCAUCAUGCUUAGCGGCACCAUUGCCUCCGUGAUUGCAGAGAGACAGCCCGACCGCUCCGCCAUCCCAGUGGUCACAGCAGGAAUGACCUUUCAAGGUCUCGGAUUCUGCAUCAGCUUCAUGAUGUACUCGCACUACAUUGGCCGGCUGAUGGAGUCCGGUCUCCCGAAUCGCGAGCACAGACCGGGUAUGUUUAUCUGUGUCGGUCCACCAUCCUUCACAGCGCUGGCGCUCAUCGGCAUGGCCCGCGGCCUUCCGGAGACGUUUAGUGUCAUGGGCAGCGAAGAUACCGCGGCAGAUGGACGGAUGAUUGAGAUCCUCGCUCUUGCAGCUGGUGCUUUCUUGUGGGCUCUCAGUCUCUGGUUCUUCUGCAUUGCGUUGAUUGCAGUGAUUCGGUCCCCACCCACUGCAUUCCAUCUUAGUUGGUGGGCUAUGGUCUUUCCUAAUACUGGAUUUACCAUCGCUACUAUCACCCUAGGAAACUCGUUCGAGAGUGCUGGUAUUAAGGGCUUUGGGUCUGCAUUGUCUAUUUGUGUUAUUUGCAUGUGGUUAUUUGUUCUUGUCAACCAUGUUCUAGCGGUGAUUCGACAGGAUAUUAUGUAUCCUGGGAAGGAUGAAGAUGUUUCGGAAUAG